UUGCAGUAUUAUUUAUUUUGUGUGAAGCCAGAACACAAUUAGUUUACAAAGCUAUAUGGAAAGAAAUUAUAAAAUUGGCGCCUGAUCUACAAUGUAAUUUACGUUUCAUAAUGAUGGAUUAUGAAAAAGCCUCGAUGAACGCUGUCCAUGAACAAUUUCCUCAUGCAUCUCUACGAGGCUGUUGGUUUCAUUACUGUCAAGCUGUUCUUAAAAAGUGGAAACGAUUAGGACUUUUAAAAGCACCACGUAAAAUAGUAUCCAUGGCAAUGACUUUAGCAUUAGCACCAUCAGAAAUGUUUGCAGAAGGCUUAAACAUUAUGCAGACAAUUGCUGAUGAAGAAUCUGAUAAUUAUCCUAAUAUGUUGGUCUUUAUGAAGUAUAUGAGAAACACAUGGCUUCCAAUAUCGAAAAAAACAAGUGUAUAUGGAUGCCCAAUUAGAACCAACAAUAUUGUAGAAUCAUUUCAUAAUAUCAUGGCGCAAAAGAUGCAAACAGUUCAUCCAAAUCUUUGGAUACUUUUAGGUAUUUCUUCUUAG